GGUGUUAGCAGCCAGUGUGUGUGUUAUUUGCCUAGUUUACCACUAGAGGGCGCGGCUGAGGCAGCGGCUGACAGGAAGUCAGAAUAUGAAUAUUAUUUUAAAACCAGAUAUGAGGAAACGUUGCUGGAGUCUCAGGCUGAACGACGGACUCUGAUUGGUCGACGCUGCUUCUGCUUCCUUUAACUUCAUCAGCCUCGUUACACACUCAGAUAAUUCCCAGUAAGCCAAUCAAAGCUGCCCCCCACCGUGUGUGUGUGUGUGUGUGUGUGUGUUAUUAGAGUCCAGCGCUGACUCAGCAGGAUUUCUCUAAUCCAACCAUCCUCACUUUUUACACCUCCUCUCCUCCUCUCCUCUCUUCCUGUCCUUUUUUCUCUCGCUUUCUGAGAUUCUCUCUUCUUCUGGGUCAUUUUAACUCCAUCAUCAUCAUCAUCAUCUCACUCCUCCACCUGCUGAACGUCUGAUAACAUUCAGCUAAUUUAAACACACAGGAAGGUUCUGACCCAGAGCUGCAGCUGCCGACCAGAACCUGGAUCCUGUUUAACCUGCCCAGUGUCCAGGUCCAUUCCAGGUCUGUCCAGGUCCGUCCCGGUCCAGUCCAGGUCUGUCCAGGUCCAUUCCAGGUCCGUCCCGGUCCAGUCCAGUCUCAGACGUAUCAUCCCUGCUAUAAUCUGUUUAUCCCUGUCAGGGUGACAGAGACUCCCUGCAGGAUCGGCUCCUUCUCUCCUUCCUCCUCUCGGGUUUCUCCCAUUUUCUGCUGGUCUCUCCUCUCUGGGUUCCUCCGGGCUCCAGGGGGUUUAUGAGGUUCUGGUCGGGGGCUCGCCUCGCUGUUUCCAUGGUGAUGUGUUUGGAGGGGAUCUAGGCCGCAGAACCCGGGAUUAUCAGCUGACAGACCAACUGUAUCACCAUGGCGAAGGUAGCGCCGCUAAUCCCUGGCCCUUCAUCUGGGUUAAACCCUCCCAGCAUCGUACUGCAGGACCUGGAGGAGGGGGCGGAGCCAGGUGACAUCACAGAGGGGCUCAGAAGAUCCCAAAGAGCCGGAGCUGGAGCUCUGUUCAACGUCAACAACAGCAACAACAACGAGGAAGAGGAGGAGGAGGAGAAGAAGAGGAAAAAGAAAGAGAAGAAAGAGAAAAAGGAGAAAAGAGAAAAGGAAAAGCAGGAGAAAAAGGAAAGGAAGGAGCAGAAACAGAAGGAGAAGGAAGAGAAAGAGAAGGAGAAACAGAAAGAGAAGGAGAAGCUGGAGAAAGAGAAGAAAGCCAAAGAGGAGGCGGCGAAAGAGAUCACAGUGAUCGAUCCAGCUGGGAACACGUACUACAACUGGCUCUUCAUCAUCACCAUCCCAGUCAUGUACAACUGGACCCUGAUCAUAGCCAGGGCUUGUUUUGAGGAGCUUCAGACUGACUACCUGAUCAUGUGGUUCAUCGUGGACUUUAUCUGUGACGUCCUUUAUAUCAUGGACAUGGUUUUCAGAACCAGGACAGGUUACCUGGAGCAGGGUUUACUGGUGAAAGACGAGCAGAAACUACGUGAACGUUACAUGAAAACUUUCCAGUUCAAACUGGAUUUGGUCUCCAUGAUUCCCACUGACAUCCUGUACCUGAUUCUUGGUACCACCUACCCUGAGAUCCGCCUCAACAAGCUUCUAAGAUUCAACAGGAUGAUGGAGUUCUUCCAGCGCACUGAGACCAGAACCAAUUACCCCAAUGCUCUACGUAUCUCCAACCUUGUCAUGUACAUUCUCAUCAUCAUCCACUGGAAUGCCUGCCUCUACUAUUCCUUCUCCAAAGCCAUCGGUUUUGGUUCUGACAGGUUCGUGUAUCCUGACCCGACAAAUCCUGAGUUUGGCCGUCUGGUGAGGAAGUAUGCCUACAGUAUGUACUGGUCCACGCUAACGCUCACCACCAUUGGAGAAACGCCGCCCCCUGUGGAGAACUCGGAGUACUUCUUCGUUGUGACGGACUUCCUGGUGGGUGUGCUGAUUUUUGCCACCAUUGUUGGUAACGUUGGCUCGAUGAUCACUAACAUGAAUGCUGCCAGAGCCGACUUCCAGGCCCGGAUCGACGCCAUCAAGCAGUACAUGAGUUUCCGGAAGGUAACUAAAGACCUGGAAAAGCGAGUGAUUAAGUGGUUUGACUUCCUGUGGACCAAUAAGAAGGCUGUGGAUGAGAGAGAGGUUCUGAAGUACCUUCCUGACAAGCUAAGGGCUGAGAUCGCCAUCAACGUACAUCUGGACACCCUGAAGAAGGUCCGGAUCUUUGCGGACUGCGAGGCUGGUCUGUUGGUGGAACUGGUGCUGAAGCUGCAGCCGCAGGUCUUCAGUCCAGGAGAUUACAUCUGCAAGAAGGGCGACAUCGGCAGGGAGAUGUACAUCAUCAAGGAAGGGAAACUGGCUGUGGUUGCUGAUGAUGGCAUCACGCAGUUUGUUGUUCUAAGUGAAGGAAGUUACUUUGGGGAGAUCAGUAUCCUGGCUAUCAAAGGUAGUAAGGCAGGAAACAGGAGGACAGCUAACAUCAGGAGCAUCGGGUACUCCGACCUCUUCUGUCUUUCCAAAGACGACCUGAUGGAGGCGCUGACAGAGUAUCCUGAUGCUAAAGCUCUGCUGGAGGAGAAGGGACGGCAGAUUCUGAUGAAGGAUGGCCUGCUGGAUCUGGAGGUGGCAGCCCAGGGCCCAGACCCCAAAGAGAUGGAGGAGAAGGUGGACAGGAUGACGAGCAACCUGGACACGCUGCAGACCCAGUACGCCCGGCUGCUGGCAGAACACGAUGCGACUCACAGCAAACUCAAACACCGAGUCACCCGACUGGAGAAGAAGCUGGCGCCACCACGGGAGGAUGCACCUGGUGAUGCUCCGCCCCCUCCCACACCUGAGACCACCAAAGAAGAAGAGAAGAAAUAAGAAGAUAGUGGAGGACAGAAGAAUUUGAGUUUUAGUUUGAGGAUAGGAGGACUUGAAGGAGACGAGAAAUUAGAUAAAUCAAUAAACUCAACGAGAUUCAAAUUAAAGUCAAUAAAUAGGUAAUUAUGGAUCCUUAGAUUUAAAGUCCUCUGAGUUAAUGACUGUACAGUAUUAAUGACCUGGUGCUGGGGACACUGGGAACACUGGGAACACGUCUGAAGGACGCAGCAGUUCAGAGUAGAAGGUUUCACCUGCAAGUAGACUUUCUUUCUCAUGUCUGAGAAUAUUUACAACAUAAACUGUUGUAAUUAUUAUGUAACAAAUGUGAAACAAUAAGUUGGCUGCUAGCUUGUCUGAACGUAAGUUGUCUACGUUCAGACAGGCUGCUAUCUUGUAGCGGAGAAUCUUCACCCUGAGACCCGAAUGCCAGUCGGUCUGAGGUCCAUCCAGAACUGCCUGAGUUCUACCAAACCCUCUAGAUUUCAUGACAUGAAUUCAACCAAAGUCCAUUUUUUCCAGGUAUGAUUUAGUUUCCCAUUUAUCGGCUGCAGAACCAGAGACCGGCAUGUUCCUCCUGACCCAGGUGGAUUCAGAACCAGGUCUUCUGGGCUUUACCUGAUGCUUUUAAUGAUGCAACAUGUGAUGGAGAAACUGUGCUGAAAUAAAUAUAUUUUAUAAGAAAGUUAACACCCACUUUUCAUUUCAUAUCCUGUUAAAUAUUAUAGAUAGAAAAACUACAAGCAUGAGCAUGGGAACAACAUUUAAAUAAAUUAUUUUAGCUUAUGUUUUGUAAUAAUGACUGAAAACCCGAUAAGAUUUUAUUGUAAAAAUAUUAUUUAAUGUCUGAUAACAUUGUCUUCCCCAGGUUUCUGUGUCCUCUCUAGC